AUGCGCAAAGACCCAGUGAUGACCGGACUAGGCAUAAAUAAGGACGACUUCUUCCGGGACCUGGAUAGUCUGGGCUAUGUCAGUGACGAUGCUCGGGAUGCUCAGAAUGUCACUGAAUUUGCAGGUCUUAUAAGACGAACCAAUACUGCUCCUACGCAAUCAACGAAAUCGUCGGCUGAGCCUGAAAAGGACGAUAUAUCGGCUCCUGCAUCCUUGAAAAGGCACUCAUCUAUGGUUACAGCAUCUGUCGCCAAGAAAUCGUCCAUGAGUACCAGCAACACGCUCGGAAAGCAGAGUGAGAAUGCUGUAAAACGCCAAGCAGAAUCUGUUCAGUCUGAGCAGCCCAAAGGACGCAAGAAGCGCCGGACGCAGUCCGUCCAGAUUAUACCAGAAACAAAUCAGAUUUUCAAAGGCCUGACGUUCUUCUUUGUGCCCAACAAUGACAUUUCUCCUGCUCGAAGACUCCGCAUUCAACGAUCUCAGGAAUACGGGGCGUCAUGGGCUCAGACCUGGUCUUCGGAUGUUACCCAUGUAAUUGUGGACAAGGGUCUGGACUACAGGGAAAUGCUCAAAGUACUUACUCCAGAACAGCUUUCUGCAAACAUAGCUAUAGUCAACCAGGAUUAUGUCUCCGACUGUCUCGUAUUCAAGUCAGUCCUCCUCGUCACUCAGCUCCGGUUUCGGGUGGAUGGCACACCGACAACUUCAGGAACCGAUACUGCAGCUCCGGCUCAAGCUAAUUCUAUACCUACUACAAAUCCAAACAGUUCCUUGAACGUGAAAGAAUCUAGACGAAAAAAUCGACGUUCGAUGACUCCCUGUCGAAGCGAAGAUACUCCUAUAGGCAAUCCGGCACCGGUGACUGUCCAUCAAGAUACAGAUUCAGCUUCGCCCAAUCAAGCGGAACAAUGGACGCCGGAUCUUUUGGACGAACUGAUGCUCAAAGUCAAAGCCGCUGGUCAAUUGCCCUUAGAUGAACCUGAUGAUGACGCAGCUCUCGAUGUCACAUUUGAACCUGGUUCGGGAGCGGAAACCUCAGAUGAAGCUAUAACCACCCCCAACGACAAAGUUCCAAACUGGCAGAAGAACUUCGCUUGCAUGCAGAAGCACGAUGGCAACAGUUCUAACAAUAACCCUAACGCCAAAACAAUUGAAAUCCUGCAGAAGAUGGCCGAUUAUUACGAUAGAACUGCGGAUACCUGGCGCACGAUGGCAUAUCGAAAAGCAAUAGCUGCAUUACGAAAACAAAAGGCCAAAAUCUGUACCAAGGCGGAAGCUCUCGCUAUUCCUGGUAUUGGGCAGCGGCUUGCGGAUAAAAUUGAAGAGAUCGUCUCUACUGACCGCCUGCAUCGUCUGGAGAAUAUCAACUGGACUCCAGAAGACAAAGCAUUGCAGUUGUUCCUUGGUGUUUACGGCGCAGGAUUCGCACAGGCAUCUAAGUGGGUAGCUAAGGGUUAUAGAUCUCUUGAAGACCUGAAGAACAAGGCUGAGUUGACCACCAAUCAAAAAAUUGGGGUGGAACGAUAUAAUGACUUCCAACAACGUAUUCCGCGGGCGGAAGUUGCUAAACACGGAGAGAGCGUUCGUGAGGCAGUUCAUGCCAUAGACCCAGAUAUGGAGGUCAUGGUCACUGGUUCUUACCGUCGCGGUGCUGCAGACUGUGGAGAUAUUGAUAUUCUGAUUACAAAGACAAACGGCACCAUAGAAUAUAUACGUACUCUGAUGAUGGAUAAUGUCGUGCCAGAACUCACAAAGAAAGGAUUCCUCAAAGCCAGCCUGGCUACGACAUCGCGCGGAGACGGGUCGAAAUGGCAUGGAGCUUCUGCCCUUCCUGGUACCGAUCUGUGGCGCAGAAUUGAUCUGCUAUUUGUCCCGGGAAAUGAAAUAGGCGCAUCUUUACUAUACUUUACUGGCAACGACAUCUUCAAUAGGAGUGUGCGGCUCUUAGCCAGAAAGAAAGGAAUGCGACUGAAUCAGCACGGUCUGUACAAGGAUGUACUUCGAGGACCUAAUCAGGCGAAGCUCACUGACGGUACUCUACUUGAAGGCCGGGAUGAGAAGCGAAUCCUUGAGAUUCUUGGUGUGCCAUGGAGGCCACCACAGCAUCGUAAUUGUUGA